GGGUUGUUUAUCAUCUGGCUGGAUGAUGAGCACUACAAUGGGAAUGUCAAGGACCACCCAAAGGAUGCAGAGUACCUCAACACUCCUUUGGCCAACUAUGUUGAGAUGUAGAACAUUUUUGGAAGUGGGGUUGCUAUAGGCAGGUAUGCAAUGGGCUCCAACAAACCAUUGGGUGAACCACAAGAGCAGGAAGCAAUUGACUUAGAUGCUGAUGCCCCCAAAUCCACCCUGCCCUCCCCACUAGCUGACAACGAGUGCAAGUCUAAUGCCCAGUUAUCAUCUGGUUGCAAGAGGAAGAGAGGACUGAAUAAGGAAGAAGGGUCACUAUUUGAGGGUCUGAUCAAGUCUGUUGAUGGGUUUGCCAAUGCUAUGAGAGAGGAGACUUUUAGAAUUUACAGGGUUGUGAUGGACUACCCCAACUUCAACAAGGAAGACCUGAUGCGCUGUCUCAGCUACCUGAUGAAGAACAAAGGAAUUGCAGAGGGUUUCAUGGAGAUGGAUGAGGUUGAUAAGGAUUUUUGGCUGAGGGACCAUCUGUCCAACACCAACUUCUAUGCAUGAAGUGACAGUGGAUGAGAGCCUCUUUGGUUGACAUGAGUUGACACCGCGUAGAAGAUUCCACCUCUGAGGGACCAUCUGUCCAACACCAACUUCUAUGCAUGAAGUGAUAGUGGAUA